AUGGAUGGCUCCAGCAUAGAAUCCAGCUCGGAAGAUAGCAAUAAUGGCAAGAAAGUGCCAAUAUCAGCAUUAUCAGCAGCACAAACCUCGGAUAUGUUAAAUGAUAUUGCCGAACAGUGUGCAAAUUUUGGAUUGGGUGAUUCAAUGUUGGAAAAGGAAGCUGUUGCUGCCAUUCGUGAAGUUGGCUUCGCCGUACGUAUGAUAUCAUUGCCAGAAGCAUUACCGCGAACUGCUGAUUUGAUUUUCAUGAAUCUUAUCACGCUGGAAGAUCGUACGUAUUGUAUUGAAUUAACACAACGUGGAUGGCGUGUUGCAUCAGAUCGACACGAUAGUAUGAACGGCGAUUAUCGACAGCUCGAUUUGCAUACCCGUUAUUUUGAGACGAUUUAUCAGCUGUUAAAUGUAAUAUCACCGGAAUUCCGGAAUCAGUUUGCUACUAAGCUCAGCAAUAAGCUCAUAGCAUUAACCAAUGGAGUAUCGGGUUUCAAAGGCACUUGA